AGCCCGGGCGAGCGCAUGGGUCGCCCUCGUCCCCACCUCUUCCUGCAAACCCAUCCAUCACUGGCCUCGGCUCCUGCUGCUGCUGCGGUAGGUGGCGCGUCGCUCUUCCUUAACUGCUCGCCCACCUCUCUUCUCCUUCCUCCAUCCCACGCACACAAGCAGCAACAGUUCGUGCUAGCUUGUGCUCCGACCUCCAACUCCCUAUCCUCUCCGCUCUGCUCGCCCGCGCCAAGGCACAGGAGCAGCAGCAGCGUGCGCUCCAUCCUGCUCCACCUGUCGCCGCGCGGCGCUCGGAUGAUCGGGCCGGGCGACGAGCUGGCCGAGCUGCUCUGGGACAACGGGCCGGCGCUGAGGAGGGCGCCGCCGCCGUUCCAACCCUUCACCUGCAGCGCCGCCGGCAGCAGCAGGGCCCACGAGCUCAAGCGCCACGCCGCCGCUGCCGCCGGCAUGGCCUCCGUACCGCUCGGGGCGCACGACGCCGGCGGGUUCCCCGUCCACGACGACGACGACGCCGUGCCGUGGCUGCAUUGCCCCGUCAUCGUCGACGACGGCGACACGGCGCCGCUGCCCCCGGAGUACUGCGCCGGCCUGCUGUCCGAGUACCCGGGCCUCCCCGGCGCCGCGCCGCCCGCCUCCCCCCACCACGGCGCGGCCGUCCCGGCCUCCCGCGCCGCGCCGCCGGAGGCCGCGGCCAAGCAGGCCCCGCCGAGCGCCGGUGAGGGCGUCAUGAACUUCACCUUCUUCUCGCGUCCUCUGCAGCAGCGGCCGCAGGCGUCCGCCGCCGCGGCCCCGAGCAACCCCGUCGAGUCCACGGUCGUGCAGGCGGCGACGAACCGGCUGCGGAGCACCCCGCUGUUCUCGGAGCAGAGGAUGGCGUGGCUGCAGCCGCCCAAAGCGCCGCGCGCCACGGCGGCAGGGGCACCUCCUGCCCCCCAGGCGCCUCUGCCCCCAGAGCUCCGCCACGGAGAAGCCGCCACGGUGACUCAACGCAGGUUGCAGCCGGAAGCGAGGGCUCCCGAUGCGGCCGCGGGACCGGCGGCGGUGACCACCUCGUCGGUCUGCUCCGGCAACGGUGACCGGAGCCAGCCCAAGAGGAGCAGCCACCACCAGCUCCCGGACUGCUCCGUCAGCCCGGACGAGGACCUCGACGACGAGGGCGGCGCGACGAGGAGGUCGGAGUCGCGGAGCAACAAGCGGAGCCGCACCGCCGAGGUGCACAACCUAUCGGAGAGGAGGAGACGAGACCGGAUCAACGAGAAGAUGCGCGCCCUGCAGGAGCUCAUCCCCAACUGCAACAAGAUCGACAAGGCGUCCAUGCUGGAGGAGGCGAUCGAGUACCUGAAGACCCUGCAGCUGCAGGUGCAGAUGAUGUCGAUGGGGACGGGUCUGUGCGUGCCGCCGAUGCUGCUGCCGGCGAUGCAGAUGCCGCACCCCAUGGCGGCGCACUUCCCCCACCUCGGCAUGGGGCUGGGGUUCAGCAUGGGCGCGGCGGCGGCAGCCUUCGACAUGGCCCGCGCUGCCGGCGUGCACUUCCCGUGCCCGCCGAUGGCAAUGCCGCCAGGGCCGAUGUUCGGCGUGCCCGGGCAGGCGAUGCCGCCGCCGGCCGCGGCGGCGUUCGCUCACAUGGCCACCGCGCCGCCCGAGCAGAUGGAAGUUGCUCCUGCACGGCGAGGAGCAGAAGCGGACCAACCGCCGGUUCCCGUCGUCACACAGGGCGAUCAGAAGCAGCAGCAUCCGAAGCAGACGUGAAGGUGACGAGGCGCUCCGCAUGUUGUUGCAGAUCGCGCGCGUUGAGCUAGGCGGCAGUCGGCUGGUCGCUCUGUUUCCUCUGAAUUUGGCUGCUCCAUCGAUGUGUGUCUGAAGAAGCGUAGGCAUGCAGUAGGCUCGGGUCUGAACAAACAUUUUUACCUAGCCUGCUAACGUCGCAUCUCAGCUGUAAUUUGCCUGUAGAUUCUAAGAGAAUUUAAGGGGGGUUUGGUUCCACGGACUAAUAAAGUUUAGUCCUUAUCACAUCGAAAUAUUAGGUACUAAUUAGGAGUAUUAAACAUAGACUAAUUAUAAAACUAAUUGCACAGAUGGAGGCUAAUUCGCGAGACGAAUCUACUAAGACUAAUUAAUUUACUGUAGCAUCACAUUGUCAAAUCAUGGAUUAAUUGGACUUAAUAGAUUCGUCUCGCAAAUUAGCGUGCAAUUGGUUUUAUAAUUAGCUCAUAUUUAGUCCUCCGAAUUAGUAUCUAAACAUUCGUUGUGGUAGCGAUUAAACUUUAGUCCAUGGAACCAAACAACCUCUUAGAAGAGGUGCUCGUGGAAUGUAUCGCGUGAGAGGUUGGAUGUAGUAAGUUGUGGUGUUUCAUGAGCAAAACGUCGGCUCAGAAGUUGGCUGUCAAGAACUCUAAAUUUUUCUGCUCCGGGAUCUCAGUGUGGAGCAAAUUGGAAGGCUGUUCGGUUUGCUGCUGCUAAAUCCUUCUGAAGCCGUUUCAUCCGUGGCAACCACUCGCACUGCAUCGCACCCAAUCUAAUCGAGGCAGGGAUGGAUGGAUUUUGCCAGAGAGAGACAGGAGGAGAGCUAUCAAGCGUGCGUAUGGGCGCAUAUACAUCAUGCAUGUAUUCAUUCGUGUCUCCAUACAAUACAAGCGACGCAAUA